AUGACGACCAACAGAACCAGCAAAAAGCAACGUCCUCAACCCUUGCCUCAGAUGAAAAGCUCAACCAUUCCUCCAUUAGACCUCACCAGUCUUUUUGCCCUCAUCAUUGGGAUUUCCACGUACCCUGACAUGAGCGGACUGAGAUCAUUGCCCGGAGUCAAAGCCGACGUCGACUCGAUGAAAGCCUUUCUAGAGGACAUGAAUGCCCCCUCUGACCGCAUCCAUACGAUACAGAACGAGGAAGCCACAUCUUCUGCUAUAUACCAGGCUCUCAAGGAUAUUACCAAGAACAAGAAUAUCGGGAGGAACGACCCUAUCCUCAUAUACUUUGCUGGACAUGGAGCAAAGGCCGACAUCACGAGCGAAGGAAACUUUCUUUCAAGCGUUCGCAUGCUUUGCCCAUACAAUUUUGCUCGACGGAACGAUGGUGUCUCGCUCAAGGAUGGUACCCCAAAUGAUGACGCUGCUCCGGGAAGGAAUGGUGCGGCGAGCGAGAAUGGAAUUACCGACGCAGUAUUGGCGGACAUUUUGAACGAUAUAUCCCGCGCGAAGGGAAACAACAUUACAGUCAUCAUGGACUGUUGUUACUCAGGGUAUGGAACCCGAGGCACAGUUAGCCUUCGUUCUAAGGCGAAUCCCAGACAUGUCGCCGAGAGCCGCUCCAAAGUGGCGCUCUGCGAUAAAUUGAAGACAAUGUUUCAAUAUUCGGGUGUAUUUUCCCAUACCCUUCUCGCAGGUUCUGGUAUGGAGCAGCCAGGAAAUGAGAAGCCCGAUGGAGGGGCGUUCACAAAAGCAUUGAUCGAUGUUCUCAAAACACUCAAAAAACGCAACAUCACAUACAGGGAACUGAUUGAAAACAUGGAGGACCUUAACGAUCAGUACCCACAGUGUGUCGGGAAUAAUCAGAACAGAUAUCUGUUUUCGAUGCAGAGCAAUUUUCGAGAACAUGACCUCUACAAGGUCAAACUGAAGAAGUGUGGCAGCUCUACGUCUUCUUCCAGUCCCAACAAUAUUCCACGGGAUCAUCAGGAACUUGUGACAUAUCAUCUUACCGUUGGCACAGCAUACGGGAUCACCAAAGAGUCCAAAUUCAACGUUUAUACAACGAUGGACACCAAGAAGCUACCCCUCGGCGAAUUCACCGUCCGGAAUGUCACGAAUUAUACCACCGAUUUGGUACUUACGACCUCCUCUACUACCGGGAAAGUCUUUCCGCAAGUAGCAUACGCAUCGAGAACUCGGCUAGGGAAUGACUUCCAAAUAACGAUCCCAAAGGAGCUGUCGUACAUCGAGGAAUUCGUCCAGGAAAAUCUUGGGAAACACAGAAACAUUUCCGUCACCACCGUUACAGGGGUCAUUCCGAAGCUGACGCUAGUGGCUACGAGCAGGAAUUUGGUCGAUUUCGAAGUCAAUAACGAGACGUGCCACAAAUACGAGGUUACACGCCUUUGCCGCACAGUAAAAUGUCAUACCAAAAGGUCUUCGACUAUCAACGAAGUCAUUUCCGUCAUCUCUGGUGCAGCCGACUUCUUCACACAUUUGGAUCGCUUCCCGACUACAAGCCAGUAUUUUGGUAGCGAGAGGAGGAACGUGUUCCUACGCUGUUACGCUCUAGAGGAAGGCGAUAUUGAUGAUGUGCAUGUUAUGAAGCACAAAGACCCCGCGGUGGAUCUCAUCACGAGUGACGUAUUGGAGUGUCCAAGUGUCCCGGAGCCACUUGGAUUCGAGGUUGAGAACAGAACAAAUGAUUCUCUAUAUGUGGCCUUGCUUUACUUCGACAUUGGGGACCUGAGCAUCAGGUUAUUCUACCAACCAGGAACGGCCAAGCACGGUCAUGUAGAUCCAUCUAUUGGACCUAACGGCCAACUCACCAUUGGUUACGGAUCCAGUGGUUGGAGGCCACAAUGCUUUCACCCACGCGAGGGCCGACCAGUCGACGUCGGGUUUUUAAAACUCUUCGUUUCGACCCAAUGGGUCGACUUCUCCGAUAUAGAGCAGGCUUCACCCUUUGAUGGCUAUCCCCGAGGUCGCACCUCACACUCUCAGCCUUACAUCUCUCCAAACACGCCAUGGGACUCUAUCUCUGUGCCAGUUGUACAGCGGAGUGCUCCAGCGACAUCUAGGAACAGCGGUCAUACCGAUGACGACCGCGAACGGAAAAUACCUCCAAGUAAUGAAGAAACUCAUAGGUUUAUGUCGGGGAGAUAA